UUUAUUGUAGAUUCUGAUUUUAUUUGAUUCAGUAGAAGAUAUUCAGAGGUAAAAGUAGGAAAUUGUAAUAGUGUAUAUCCUGCCCUCUUUUUGUAAUAUGUAGUAUGUAGAUGUAUACAUGUACAAGGAAAUACAAUGAGACGGAAAUACAAUUUUCCCGAAGUUUCUGUCACCGAUCGCCGUCUUUCUCUCUGCUCCCGGCCGCGCUCGCUGGGCCUUCCGGUGCGUUUCUUGGGGUUUCUUGCCUAAGCUGAUGCCCGUCGGCCCCCGGCGAUCUCCGCCGCCCGCGCCCCGCCUCCAUGAGCCCGUCCCCCGCCGCGGCGACCGACGUCCACGGCGGCGCGUGAGCUCCUCCCCCGCGAACGGCGGCCGCCGCCUCGCCUCGCGGCUCCAGUGUGCUAUCCAAAAUGAUGCCGAGCUGCAUUUGGUCGGCCGAAUCCGGAGCAAGGGGCACCAGCAGGCUCGGCGAAUCAUCGGCGACACGAUUUCGCUUGUUCACGGCCUUUGUAAAGGUGAAACCGUGCCCAAUGCUCUUAAAACUAUUAAAACUAAGAUAUGGGAGUACUUGUCGAUGACUCCUAAGAAAGAUGGUCAUCCAGCUACUGAGCAUCUUCAGAUAUUCAUGUCAUCCUCUGCGCCUGCGGCGCUUGUUAUGCUCUACAUGUCGACAAUUGGGGGUAACAAGGACCUUGCCGAGGAGUCAAUUAGGCAUUUCCUAAAAUCAUGUAUAACUGAGUUGCCAGAGUCUUUGCGAUCGCACUGUGCACCAAUAGUGCUGGAGUUUUGUAGGCGGCUCAGGAUUAUAGGUCCUCAUGACCCGUUGUACUUGUCUUGCCGGAGUAGUUUUCAGUCAAUGAUGAAGUUUACUGAGGUUCAAUGGGUAUCGGAACAUACCAAAAGUGUAAAGAGAGCGAUAUUUAUAAAAGAGAUAUUCCCUUUUGUUAAAGAGUUGGCAGAUAAGUUGUCCAAAGAUUUGGAAUUGUCCCUUCAUACUAUAGCGAAUGUGGAGACUUGGAGCGCUAUCUGUGAUUUCACGAUGUUCUUGUGCCCUUUGCGAACUGUAAUGUCUGGAUACAUUGGUUUCGAGCAUCCAAUCUCUUUGCCUAUGGAAAUUGAACAUCACGAUGUUCUGUUGUGUAAGGAGGAGGUUGAAUCGCUUUAUCAAAUCUUUGAGAACAUGCUAAAGAAGAUGGAUAAGUGUCUUUUAAGAAUGGAGCAGCACUUAUCUGCAAUCGUAAGUGGGGAAAUUGAUAUUGCAUGUCCAGAGUGGUCUUGAUAUCUUACUAUUUUGAAAGAACUGAAUGCCAUUUCUAAACUUUAUUUGGGUUCUGAGGAACAAUUUUCGACAAUUUUGCGCAUGAGGAAGCAUGCAUUUUGUAUGCUUGUUGUCCGUUAUGCGAAGCGAAGUGAUGAUCACAAAUGGCUUCUUGAACGCAAAGAUAUUAUGGAUUUUGAAUCUAUAGUGAUUGCGGAGACUUGGAGCGAUAUCUGUGAUUUAACAAUGUUCUUGUGCCCUUUGCGAACUGUAAUGUCUGGAUACACGGGUUGCGAGCAUCCAGUCUCUUUGCCUAUGGAAAAUGAACAUCGUGAUGUUCUGUUUGAGGACAUGCUAAAGAAGAUGGAUAAGUGUCUUUUAAGAAUGGAGCAGCACUUAUCUGCAAACCCUCUACGGUGGAACCCUGCACCUCAAGUAUUUCAACUUCUCUGGUCGAAUGAUAGGCUUAGCUCUGAUGCAUAAAGUACAAGUAGGGAUUGUUUUGGAUCGGG